CUCGAGCCGUGUAUGUGUGUCCCAGACCCAACCCACCACCCAACCAGGACUUACUUCCGAGACGAAACCCUGCACAUGCCUGAUCAGUUGGCUGGUAUGAUGUCCAGGGCCCAUUAGCAGCAAAGUGAUCCAGGAUUGCUUGGAACCGCCACCCACCCUGCCUCAGGUAACAAGGCUCCUGGAUGCACUGCGUGCUAGCCGACCAGACACCGUACCAGCCUCCCUCCAAGGGCCGAUUGCUGUACUGUGGUCAGUAUAGCACGAAACACAGCUCACCCGGAGCUGUGUAUGUGCGUGUGUGCCCAGACCCAACCCACCACCCGACCAGGACUUACUGCAAGAGGCAAACCACCAAGUCACCCGGAUAUCGAGAACACUAAGCACAGCCUGCUGUCCAGAUACCGGAUAACUCGAUGUAAAACUCCCACAAGCUUGAUCAGUCGACCAGCACGGCCGUGGUCCCACUGGCAGAACACAGCACAGAACAAACAACCAGAUCACUCAAACAUCUCGCACCACGGCGAGAAGCUCGAGCUAUCUAAUUGUACUGUACUGCACUGUACUAUACUAUGCUGUGCUUUGCCAGCAGACCAACCGUACCAGCCUCCCUACCAGAGGACAGGUGCACGCCACGCCACCCAACCUAACCAGAGCACUGUUCGUGCUCUACCCUCCCAAACCCAUCUCCCAGGUCCUAUCCUGCCGUCCGUGGAAGGCUCGGUGAGAUUUGGGAUGGGAGGGGAUGAUAUGGUGAGGAUGGACGGUGUGGUGAGGAUGUGUGAGGAGGAGAGAAGAAGGAUGGGAGAGAGGGAGAGGUGGGAGGCGAGAAAUAGGGAACUGGAGGCAGCCGUGGAGGCAGCAGGGAAGCAAGAGAGGUGAUGUGACGACUUGAUAGAGCUGGAGGCGGCAGGGUAUGGAAUGGUUGGGAUAACAUUACAACCCGCGUUUUAUUUUCGACGAGCAAAUUAAAGUGGAAUAUAUUAUUUCUCAAUUUGUCUGCUAUUUUUACUUGCUCUGUUGGUUCUGCUUUGAUUUGCGCUGCUGUGGUCUAUAGCAUGAUACAGUAUGGUGAAGUCAUAAGUCGUGAU